AUGAAUGCGAUUAAGAAGAGAUUGCAGACUUUGAAGAUUGAAAAGGAUCUUGCCUUAGAGAGAGCUGAUGUUUGUGAUCAACAAUCUAAGGCAGCUAAUAGAAGAGAAGAAAAAUUGAUGGAUGAAGUUCGAGAGCUGGCUAAAAAAUUAAUGCAGAUGCAGCAAGAUUUGAAACUUAAUAAAAGUCAACUUGUUCAGUCGAAUUUGAAUUUGGAGAGGAAGGAAAAGGCUUUCUUAUCUGCACAAUCUGAAUUGGCUAUGCUGAAUAGAAAAAUGCAACAAUGCGUGGCAAAUCUAGAAAAGUCUGAGGAACGACGAUUGACUGCUCAAGCAAAACUUACGAAAGCUUUGGAGACUGCCGAGGACGCUAAAAGAAUCUGCAAGGUUUUGGAAACAAGGAGCAAACAGGAUGAAGAAAGAAUGGAUCAGUUGACUGAUAAAUUAAGAGAAGCAAGAAUCAUUGCCGAGGAUGCAGAUAAUAAAUCGGAUGAAAUAUCCAGGAAACUAGCUUUCGUUGAAGAUGAACUAGAAAUUGCUGAAGACAGGGUCAAAACCAGUGAAUCAAAAAUCGCUGAACGUGAAGAUGAGCUUUUCAUUGUUGGGAACAUCCUCAGAUCUUUGGAAGUAUCUGAAGAAAAAGCUAAUCAGAGGGUUGAAGAAUUCAAAGAACAGCUCGCGAGUCUCAAAGAUAAAUUGAAGGAGUCAGAAAAACGAGCCAUUUUCGCCGAAAAAUCAGUCAAAUCUUAUAUGGAAGAACUGGAAAUGAGAGAAGAUCGUCUGCGCAAAGAGAAAGCUAAAUUUCGAUACAUCUGUGACGAUUUGGACUCUACCUUUUCGACACUUACUGGAUAUUAGGAUAUUCUACAUAUUCAUUCUUAUUUAAAGAAAGAAAAUCUUACUAAAAAAAUGUUCAAAAAUACAAGCCUCCUUACUUUAAUAAUAAUA